CUUAACUGCUCCUACUCCGGUCUAUUGAACUUACCUUCUACCAUUCACCAAGUAAGCAAACGUCUUGUAAACUAAAUUGUAGUUCAAGUACAGAAGGAAGUUUUUGAGUUCCAUUAAGAGGUUCUCUAUCUGCUUUCUUUACAAGCUUCAAUUGGUGGUUCUCUGAUUUAAGGAACACUACAUUUAGAUACAUUCUUUUUAUUUUUUUUAUUUCCGCUUUACUGAUUAAUCUUUAUCAAUUUUGCGACCAUGCAACUUCAACAAUCUUUCCUCUAUUUUUUACUUACAUGUGCAGUUUCUGCUCAGUACAUGGGUAGAAUUGAUUAUGAACAAGAUGGUGGAGACAUAGCUGUUGUCGAUGAAAAAUAUGGUGAAGUCCAUGCCGCCGAUAUACCUAAACCUGAAGAUGGAGGAUACUUGAAUCCUGUUCUUGUCCCGUCUACAGAAGGAACUAACAAUCCUUCGGUAAAGGAUAAGAUAGGAAAUAUUUUCCGACCAGCCUUGGACUUGAUUCAGGACGUGGCUUAUCGCGUUGACGAAAUGUUCGAAGACGCCGAAGAUGAGCUUGACCGAGCGGAGUCCGCUAUCAAGCAGAAGGAGAUGAAAGGCAAGAAGAACAAACACUGCCCCUGCAAAGGUCGUAAAGCAAAUGACAAGGGCUCUAAGGUGGGUGAUGAUGCUUCUUACCUUAAUGAUCCUGAAGAGAAACCCAAAGAUCGUGACCAUAAGAAAGAUUUCAAACAUAAGAAGCCUUGUCAUAAGAAGAAGGGCCAUCAUAAAGGGCCGGGUUCUGACGAUGAGGUUUUCCCUCCCCCUCUCCCAAAGAAAGGCCAUCAUGAAGGGCCAGGUUCCGAUGAUGAGUUUUUCCCUUCCCCUCCUCCAAAGAAGGGCCAUCAUGAAGGGCCAGGUUCCGACGAUGAGUUUUUCCCUUCCCCUCCUCCAAAGAAGAGCAAGGAUGCCAAAAUGAAACAUCACAAAGCUAAAGAGGAGAAAAAGGGUCCAAAAACAGAGGAUAAUGAAUUUGAUGGCACCCAACGCGAUAUCCUCGUUCUAGAAGCUUUUGGCGAGCUUAUGCAGAACAAUGCUGAAAAUAUUGCUGAUGAGUUUGCCAGCUUCUUAGACGCCCUUGACAUUGAAUAUUUUGGUAACAUGCCCGUUCAUAUUGCGAAAGAUGUCCGUGAAGAAAACAGGAAGCCAAAAUAUGAGGAAGAGAGUAAUUGGGAUUUGAACGAUCUUACUCCUGAACAAUUUGCUUAUCUCGAAAUGCUUAAUGCUGCUGGCAUUGACCCUAAGGCUGCUAUCCAACAACCUUCUUCCUCUCCUGAGUUCGAUUACACAAAGGGAAGUAAGGAAAAAGAAGGUGCUGUCUUUGUCGAACAAGAAAACGGCGAACAUGUCAACAUGAAAGCUUUCCCGGAUCACACAUUGCGUAUUAAGAAAUCAAAUCCGGAGUCCCUUGGUAUUGAUACUGUUAAGCAAUACACUGGUUACCUUGAUGUUGAUGAUGAUAGACAUCUUUUCUUCUGGUUCUUUGAAUCUCGUAAUGAUCCUGUGAAUGAUCCCAUAGUUUUAUGGUUGAACGGUGGUCCAGGUUGCUCUUCCAUGACUGGUUUGUUUAUGGAAUUAGGACCUUCUCGUAUCAAUUUGACUACUUUGAAACCCGAAUAUAAUCCUCACAGUUGGAACUCCAAUGCUUCCGUUAUUUUCCUCGAUCAACCUAUUGGUGCUGGCUUCAGUAAUGGUGAUGGCUCUGUUCUUGACACCAUUACUGCCGGUAAGGAUGUUUAUGCUUUCUUGUCUUUGUUCUUUGCCAAGUUCCCUCAAUACUCCCACCUUCCUUUCCACAUUACUGGUGAAUCAUAUGCUGGUCAUUACAUUCCUCAAUUUGCAAAGGAAAUUCUUGAACACAACCAAGGUGCUAACGAUUUUGUUGCUACCGGUUAUGAACACCAGAAAUCUUACAUUAACUUGAAGGGUGUUGCAAUUGGCAAUGGUCUUACGGAUCCUCUUAUUCAAUACUAUUAUUAUGGAAAGAUGGCCUGUGAAAACUCCUACGGUCCCAUUAUGCCACAAGAGCAAUGCGACCGUAUUACUAACGCAUACGGUACUUGCUCAAAGUUGAUCACCGCUUGCUAUCAAACCGGUUUCACUCCUAUUUGCAUCGGUGCUUCUCUGUACUGCAACAAUGCCAUGAUGGGUCCUUUCCAACAAACUGGUUUGAAUGUCUAUGACAUUCGUGAGAAAUGCCAUGACCCUGAGAACAUGUGCUAUUCUGAAACCGGUGCUAUUGAAGAGUACUUGAACCAGGAAGAUGUUGUCGAAGCUCUUGGUGUUGAACAAGGUUUUAAGGGUUGCAAUAUGGAAGUUAACCUAGGAUUUUUGUUUAAGGGCGAUUGGAUGCGCAAGACCUUCCGGGAAGACGUUACUGCCAUUUUAGAAGAGGGUUUGCCUGUUCUAAUUUAUGCUGGUGAUGCUGAUUACAUUUGCAACCACAUGGGCAAUGAAGCUUGGGCUGAUGCUUUGGAAUGGAGUGGACACAGAGAAUUUUACGAAACCGACUUAGCUCCCUGGAGCCCUGCCGGUUCUGAAGCUGGUCGUGGUAAGACCUAUAAGAACUUUUCUUAUCUCCGCAUUUAUGAAGCUGGUCAUAUGGUGCCUUUCAACCAACCUGAAGCUAGUCUUGAGAUGUUGAACCAAUGGUUGAAUGGAAACCUUCAAUUUUCAGCUUAAUUAUGAUAUGAAGUUAUGAUUAACAAUUCAAUAAUAAUUUAAAUUUUUUCCUGUUUUGGUUUGUGAUUAUUAUAUUCGUAUUUUUCUGAUUUCCUUUAGUGAAUGAUACUUAACUAAUACAUAUUAGUAAGUUCGCAAAUAAAGAUUUGAAAGGAUUGGUUAUAAUAUAAUGAGGUAUUUUAUUACGGUAAGUAGACCUUAUUAUACGACAUUUACAAAAGACACGGGUCAUAACAUUAAUAUCAUUCAUAUAUAUAGUGGAUAAAGGUAAAGCAUAUACAAGCAUCGUGAUCAAUCAGAAAAUCAUAAAGCAAUCAAAAU